AUGCUAUCGCAUGAAAAAAAGAAACCUGUAGUUUUACAACUAGGUAAAAUUAUGUUUGGACAACAAGCAUGGGAUGAUCUUCGAAAGAUAGCAGACGUAAUCACCCUUGACCGUUCCACCACUCGUGAGAAGUUCAUUUCAGGUUUAAAGGAUCCAAACAAUAAACUUUCUCAAGUACAAAUCAUUGCAAGAACGUUUCAUAGUGUUGAACAAACGGGGAGAUUUGACGAGGAAAUUGCUGAUGCAGUACCCAGUUCAUUGAUUGCAAUUUGUCAUACUGGUGCUGGUUAUGAUCAAAUUGACGUUAAAUAUUUCCAGAAGAGACAUAUUCAAGUAUCUCAUGUGCCUAAUGUUGUUAAUAAUGUCACUGCUGAUACACAUGUGUUUUUACUUUUAGGUGCCUUAAGAAAUUAUUCAAUGGGGUACCGUAAAUUAAUUAAUAAUGAAUGGCCUGUAUCCCCAUCCGGCGGUGGUGUACCAUUAGGUCAUGAUCCAGAGGGGAAAACUGUAGGUGUCCUGGGGUUGGGUGGAAUUGGUCGUGCUGUUGUGCAUAGAUUAAAGCCAUUUGGAUUUAAACGUUUCAUUUAUCAUAAUAGACAUAAAUUACCAGGGGAAUUAGAAAAUGAUUGUGAAUAUGUAUCUUUCGAGGAAUUAUUGAGACAAUCUGACGUAUUAUCAAUUAAUAUACCAUUAGGUCCAUCAACAAGACAUAUUAUUAAUGAUGAAGCAUUUGAGGAAAUGAAAACUGGUGUUGUUAUUGUCAAUACUGCUCGUGGCGCUGUCAUCGAUGAACAAGCAUUGAUAAAGGCAUUAAAGUCUGGUAAAGUUAGGUCAGCAGGGUUAGAUGUUUUUGAGAAUGAACCAGAAGUACCCAAAGAAUUACAAGAUAUGCCACAAGUGCUAGGUUUACCACAUAUGGGGACUCAUUGUGUUGAAACUAGGAAAAACAUGGAAGAUUUUGUUUCAGCCAAUGUCGAAAGUGCCAUUACAUCAGGUAAAGUUAUUGCAAUUGUCCCAGAAAUGAAAAAUGAUGCAUGGAUUAAUGGUUGUAAACCUUUGAUUUGA